GACGACAUUACAUGUAAUGGCUAGAGGCAGUGCCCGUAGAAUUAGUCUAACUUCUGGUGUGUUUUCUGUCGCAUGUAGUGCUUCUCUUCAGUAUUCAGUGCACUUCUUCCUUUUUUUAUUACGAGGAAAACUAUGAUGACACCGUGGACCGUGUAGACGACUGGAUUAUUGAUGACAAUAUUGUGUCUCAGAGCUUUCGCGCUUACCGUGAGCAAUGUUUAUCCAACUGUGCAAAAUAUGACAGCUUGGAUCAACAUUUCAAUGAGCUAUUGUAAGUUAUUCAGCCUUUCCUCUUGCAAGCUCCUCACUCUCCGCUGACCUCACUGAUCCUCUUUUUGCAAAAACGCUUUGUGUACGAAACCAUACCUGUGGAAUGUCUCUCGCCAGCUUCAUUGAAAGCCUCGCACUGGCUGCUUUUGCAGCGGUUGUCAUUCCAGAAAGCCAUGGAAACCAACCUUGCUAUGCCUAUCAAGGGCAUCCUUGUAGUAAUUGCAUCUCAAUGCUUAUGUGUAGUUCUCACGUUUUGUUCUUACAGGCUUUUGGAGGUGAUGAAAUCAAUAGCAUAGAAGCGCAAUUCAGACUGCCAUUAGUCAGGACGGUGGAAGGGCAGCAGCAGAACGUCAUCUGCGCGAUUGAGUCGUUGUAAGUGAUUUUUGUUUGCCAUUUUCGACGCUUAAUGUUUUCUUUUUUUCUCCUGAUAAUCAGGAUUCCCAUAUGGAAGGAUGUUGAUUUGCAGCCUUUGUCCGAAGGCCAUCUUAUUGCUUCAUACGCCCACCCUCUCAUUCAAAGCUUGUUGUCAGUUGAUAACUCGCCCAAACUAUCAUACUGCUAAGUAAUCGAUCACAGGCUUUCAUUAACUCAUUUGUCAUUGUAUGUCAUAGCCCCAAUACCCAAAUAGUAACAGAUGAUCGUGAUCAACGACAUGAUUACGUCGUGGAUACCUACCAACAAUAUCAUUCAGCUACUUGUUGUAUUUAAGUUUAAAGUUGGUAUCGGACAAAGUAAAAAUACGAUGAGACUGU